CAGCCUUACUCUCGCCGCCAACACACGUUCUUCUUCGCUUCUCUCUCACUCUCAAUCACCAUGUCUUCCUUCGCGUCGAUCUGCUCGCCUUCGGUCGCUCUCACCCGUUAUGACCCCGAUUCCUUCGUGGGCUACGUUCAGCGGGUGAUACGUGACCCCGCGAUGACGACGUUCAUCACCUCCUUCAUCGACAUCGACUCCCUCAUCGUGCCCUUGUCAAACAACGACAUCGUCAAGGUUGUGAACGAGCAGGGCAUCGUCCAGAACUACGCGGUCAAGUGGACCACGGCCGAGAAGACACACGCCACUAUCCACCGUUUGGCAACCAUGCUGUCGUGCAUUCUGGCCGACCACUGCAUCGGCGGCACCAUGGAUCACCUUCCCGCCAAUAUCCCGGCUCGCGCGCUUCAACAGGCGGGCCUCCCUCGCGUCCCCGCGUUUCUCGCUGCCGCACUGCACACCAACUGUCUUUCUGCCAUCCGCACCAGUACCGGCGAGGAGCUCGUUGAGGUGUACAAUCACGUUCAGAACACCGCUCGUUUCUACGUCCGUCUCCUUCUCAAGUUGCUCGAACGGCAGGUGCAGCUCGGUUUCGACAGCGCGUACAACUUCGGGGCUUGUAUGGGCUUCAACAAGGCGGCCUUCCUCCAAGUCAUCGCCCCAUGGCUUGUUGAGCAGGAGGCGAAGCGCCGUGGCAUGAGCGUUGAGACCCUUCUCCGCGUGUCCUCCCCUUCGGGCGACGGUAGCAACAAGGCCCGUGUUGUGCCAGAGCCCGAGGGCGACAUCAAUGCUGGAUGGGCGGCUUCGCACAACGUGCUCGGCCUGCCUUUCUCUAUUCGACUCGCCUGCGAUGACGUCGCUGACGAAGAGCUCGAGCCCGGUGACCUGCCUGCUCGCCAUCUCGUACGGUUUAUCUCUCGUGAUGUUACGCACACGGUCUUCGGCUUCAUUUGAAGUCCCGUAGUCGAGGCUGGGGGGGCCGUGUCGUGUGACAACUUCAACUGUGACCGCUACAGUAUCUCGAUUAGAUAGCCUCGACACGCGACUCAUCUCUUAGUAAUUUAGUUUUGCUCCUCCCGUAGUUUCUUCUAUCUCGUUCGUGUACUUUCCAUUGCCUUCCUAUCCUUCUCAGAUAUAGUAGAAAAUACUCAGAAUUUCCAUAGCCUUCUCGAUACUCAUGUACUGGUAUAUAGACGUCGUCUCCUAGGCGGAGCGACAACUCUUUCGAUCCCUCGUAAUACAUUGCCUCGUGUUCCCGCCUUACCCGCGUGAGCCUAAGUCGUAACGCAUUGAUUCGCUCUGCCUACGCCAAGAGCUUCGACAUUGACUCGCUCUGUCGUCGUCCCUUGCCUGACCGUGUAUCACGAACUUCGAAGGUAAUUUCUGAUAUUCUAAGCGUAUCGUGAGGUCCUGAACGUUAAGUUGUGCGCUAGUCUACAACA